AAUGAAAAAUUGGCUAUCUACCAAGUCCCAUCUUCUAUAAUAUUUCCAGAAAUUAGGAAUCCAAAAUCUGGAAGGGAGGUAUUACUUAUAAUGGCCCUCUUAUCAGUGACGAUGCCAAUGUCAAAAAAAUCAUCCUUGCUAGUAGUGGCGAAAGUUGCCUCCUGCAAUCUUCCUCUUUUGGAUUACCGUCCGUGUAUCUCUUAUUCCACUCACAGUUUCUCUGAUAGGUUGUUCGGAAUAAAGUCUGUGCCCAUUACCAACAACUGCAGAAGGAUUACUACCUCCUUUCGCUGCUUUGCUUCUGUACUGAGUCCUCAACUGAGGGAUGCACUAGAUAAGAUCGUUACAUCGCAUAAGGUGGUCCUUUUUAUUAAAGGAACUAAGGAGUUCCCACAAUGUGGCUUUUCAAACACGGUGGUGCAAAUACUAACUUCCCUGAAUGUUCCCUUUGAAACAAUUAACAUACUAGAAAAUGAGAUGUUACGCCAGGGAUUGAAGGAGUAUUCUAGCUGGCCAACAUUUCCUCAACUUUAUAUCGAAGGAGAAUUUUUUGGUGGCUGUGAUAUAACCGUUGAGGCAUACAAGAGCGGGGAACUGCAGGAACUAUUGGAGAAGGCACUAUGCUCAUGAAAGAGCGCCUCUUGAUAAAAGGAUACUCUACUUCCUGAUUCAUGGAUGCUUGGAAUUUUUUUUACGUCUACUUUUUACAUUUAUUUCCAACAAAAUAUUUUCAAGAUAAAUCCAAACCUACACAUGGCUUUGUUGUUGUACCGUGAAUUUUGCUCUACGUUUGGCACUUGGUAGAUAUAUAUAGAGAUAUAUAUAUAUAUAUAACUAUGAUAUUUAAUGGUAGUAAGGUCAACCAAAAAGUCGGAUAUAUAAA